UAUUUUAAUAUAUAAAUUUUGUAUUUUAUUUGAUUGUUUGGAAAAUGUACUUGAAGUAUUACUUGGAUAAAGACGGCAAAAGAGUUUAUACUCUACAGGAUCUUGGCCCUAACGGCGAGCCUUGUUUAACUGCUCAUCCCGCCAGAUUCUCGCCUGAAGAUAAAUACUCUAAACAAAGAAUAGCACUAAAGAAAAGAUUCAACCUUUUCAUGAGCCAAUAA